AUCACUUGAACUAACCAUGGCAGGAACUAAAAGAAAGGCCAACGACGAUUCGUACACCAACGUGGCCAUUAAGGAGUACUCUCAAGAGUCCAAUAUGGUGGUUGGAGCCUUUUUCAAUGGUCUCAGUGUGGAUUCUAGUACUGAAUUCGAUGUGUACAAACACAAGUCUAAGAACCAAUUCGAGCUUCAUGGGGAAAACGACACAUUGGAAUAUAACGCCGGUAGCAACGAAGAUGAAGAGGCCCACGCUUACACACUUGCUAUUUACGACCCUAGCACCAAGUCUGUGGAGUUGUACGAGUCUCCCAUGUUAAAUGGAAGAGUUAUAAGCAAGAGUAAGAGACAAUACAAAGGCCCUAAAGUCAAACAGCUUGGAAUCAGAAACAAUUUGCAAAGAACCGCAUUGGGUGAAGCUUUUGGUACAAAGAAAGCCAAGAGUGCUAUUUCCAACUUGGAAAGGAACAGAAUCGAUUCAGAUAAAUUACAGGAUGUUGAAUUGGAUAUUGUUGAUUCCGUCAGAGAAAGUACCCAGGCCUUACCCACCAAGGUGCAGAUGGACCAGGAUUCUAGUGAAUUGAGGCCAACUCCUCGGAUAAAUAUGGAAGCCACCAGCUCCGACGACAUUUAUCCUGUAGAAAACAUCAUACCGAGCCCAGAUUGGGAUGCCAUUCGGAUUAACAGCAUAUUGGACGCACCCACCACCGACUCCAAAUUGGAGUUGUUACCAUUUAGCAGCUCAGACUACAUUCGUCAUCACAUUGAUGCCGAAGAUCAAACUAAGCUCAAGUUCAUCUACUAUUUGUCUAUUUUAUUGGGCAUUUAUCAUAACAGAAGAAGCAGGGAUAAGGCCACGUUAUUGACCAAAUUCAAAACCCAGCCUUCUGAAAUGUUGAUUGAUACGAUUUUGAAGACAUUUACUGUGAGUAAGUCCGGAAAGUUUGGUAAAAGUAAGGAUAAAUCUUUCUUCAUUGAUCCCCAUAACGAAGAUAAAUUAUUGUGCUACAUCUUGGCUAUAAUAUUCCACGUCAACAACUUUUUGAUUGAACUUCAACCUCUUGCAUACGAAUUAAACUUAAAACCCAACAAACUAGUUAACUUGUGCAGAAUUAUGGGUGCAAAUGUAAAGCCUCCAACCGUGGGACAAGCCGAAGCAUUGUCUAUUCCAAAAGCUUUGAUGGCCACAUCCAAGUUGGCCUCAUUAAAGGCCCCUGUAAGGUUACCUGAUAUGAGCAAAAGAGGUGCCAGAAGAUGAGCUUGUUGUUGUAUAGAAAUUAGGAAUGGAGCCAAUACAUAAUACUAU